GUGUUUAUAAAUGCCCGCCUCCGGGAGGCUCAUUGACACUGUGUGGUUUUUACUGUGAAGCUCAGAGGAAUCAGGAACAAAGACACAAAACACAAGUGGAGUUUUGCAUCUUUGAGCCACAUUUUCUCCAAACCCUCCAGUCAGUGAGGUGAGCGGCGCGCGGACAGAAGCACGAGGAGCCACGUGCGGAAUCGAACUCCUGCAAAAAUAAGAGGACAAACUCUGCAGAACCCCAGCGCGCCUUUUGGAUUUGUUACUCUUUUGGCACGCUUUUACGCACGCGUGCGCGGCGCACGUGAAACUUCUUUGCUCGUGCAGAGACCUCACCAUGCUUCUGUAAAGUGUUGGAUGCUUGGAGAAAAAACACACAUACUCGAACCGAGGACUGUAAAUCAGAAGGAGGCGAGCGCGCUGCAGAGGUGAAGCGAGGACAGGACAGGCUGCUGUCUCGCGUUUCAGCCGCUCCGGGGGCGUCCAUCUGACCCGGGAUAAGUUGUCAACAAGAGCAGCGAGCGGAGGCGCGCUGGCAGGUGUACAAGUUCAUUUACAUGCAUACGUCCCCUCACGCCACUAUAUAUAGAAGUUGUCCGAGCAGCCUUAAUAACUUUCUCCUCCCACCCGCGGGCCUGCAGCAGCUCCACGCACCGGGCGUGUGCGUGAGCCUAUAUAUACACCAUCCAGGCUGGUUUUCAUUUUCGCAAUCUGUAUCCGAGAUCUGUGCCCGCGGUCGGUUUGGCUGUGAGGGCGGGAGUCGUCGCAUGGACUGACAUGGCCACCGACCUCGCCAUGAGCGCAGAGCUGCCCAACAGCCCGCUGGCCAUCGAGUACGUCAACGACUUCGACUUGAUGAAGUUCGAGGUGAAGAAGGAGCCGCCGGAGGCCGACCGCUACUGCCACCGCCUCCCGUCGGGCUCCCUGUCCUCCACGCCGAUCAGCACCCCCUGCUCGUCCGUGCCUUCCUCGCCCAGCUUCUGCGCCCCGAGCCCCGGCACGCAGCCCGGCCCGGGCCUGGGCGCGGGCGGGAGCGUGAACAGCAGCGGCAACAGCAACAACAGCAGCGGCACCAACAAUCACAGCGGUGCGGCCAAGCCGCAGCUGGAGGACCUGUACUGGAUCCCGAGCUACCAGCACCAUAUCAACCCGGAGGCGCUCAACCUGACGCCCGAGGACGCGGUGGAAGCCCUGAUCGGCAACGCGCACCACCACCACCAUCACCACCAGGCCUACGAGGGCUUCCGCGGGCAGCAGUACAUGGGGGAGGACCUGUCCGCGGCCUCCGCGGCGCACCACCACCAGCCUCACCACCACCAUCACCACCACCACCACGGCCACCACGUCCGCCUGGAGGACCGCUUCUCGGACGAGCAGCUGGUCAGUAUGACAGUGCGCGAGCUCAACCGGCAGCUGCGCGGCUUCAGCAAGGAGGAGGUGAUCCGCCUCAAGCAGAAGCGGCGCACCCUCAAGAACCGGGGCUACGCGCAGUCGUGCCGCUUCAAGCGCGUGCAGCAGCGGCACAUGCUGGAGACGGAGAAGUGCACGCUGCAGAACCAGGUGGAGCAGCUGAAGCAGGACGUGGCGCGCCUCGCCAAGGAGCGGGAUCUAUACAAGGAGAAGUACGAGAAGCUGGCCAGCCGGACCUUCAGCGCCGGCGGAGCUGCCGGCACGAGAGAUCCCUCCGCGAAACAGGCCGACUUCUUCAUGUGAGCCGGACUCUGACCUGCGCCGCCCCUCUUCCCAUCACCUCCCAUCCUCUGCGUUUGUUUACAGCCCCCCUCCCUCAACGACAGAAAACUUUAAAACUCAAACAGGCCUCGGAGUCUUAAAGCGGACUUUCCUCAAGUCUUAAAGAAAGUUUUCACUCAAGAGAUCCGCGAGGAAGGACUCAAAAAGCUCUUCUUUUUCUUAUCUUAGAGCUUCAGGACUGCAGCUGCGCGCGCAGCUUCCACUUAAACUCUUCUGCAACCCUGCAUGCAGGACAUGUACGGUAACCCCCCCACCUCCCCAAUUUUUCCACAACCAGUCAUCUUUCGUCCACAUGUAUGAAAACAGCAUGACCCACCCCCCCCCAACCCCCGUUCAGGAGAGGCGCAAAGACUCCAAACAAUCCGCUCCUUAAUUGCUAUUUUCAAUCAACUUUUUCUAUUGUUUUAAAAAAAGAGAUUCAUCCGAGCCAGACUGUAUUUAUGUCCACCUGUAUGUACAUAAGGAGAUAGAGAAAAGAAAGGCCUCACUUUAUUUUCUCUUUUUAAAGCUUUUUGUUGCUUGGAUUAUCGUCUUAAAACAAAUGUUUGUAUGUUACAGCAUGCAAAUUGUCUAUGAUAUCCUCCUUUGAUCCUCUGUGAUGAACUGCACUAAAAAAAGGUGAUCAAACUGGUCAGGAGAUUUUUUUUUCUUUCAUUUAAAAACCUGGAUGUAAAUUUGAUCAUUUAUUGGAAGGACUGCUGCUAAAACUCUAUGCACCAAUCUGAUUAUGAAAAUGUUUCUCUUUUUUUGUAUUUGUAGAGGAGAAUGUGUCGGGCCUGCGGGUUUGUCUGAUUGUAAGAAAAUUAGAUUUUCUUUAUUUUCUUUUAAAAUUUUUCUUUUGCCUGAUGGUAGUUGAUUGUUCUUGGGGAAAAAAAUCUUGCAUUAUUCUGUCUACAACAGAUCUCUGGUACGCGUGCGCGUGUUUCUCUGCUGCGUAGAUAUAUGUGCAAUAUUGUGCAGAAGCCUACCUGUUGCAUGGACUGCAAAUAAUGGCGUUUAGGUCACAUAUUCGUUCGUUACAAUUUUGUGCAUCAACUAAAUCAAACAACUUUUUAUCUAAAUUAUUUUCCUUUUAUUUAAAAUAUAUAUUUUUUGUCUUCUUCCCUGUUUUAAGGAAGUUUCUAUUUUACCAGCCAUCCCUGAACGCAUCACAACUUCUGCACAGUGCUGUCAAUGUAUAUCUGUACAUAUGAUUUCUAUAUUUAUUCAAUGUCCUGAUGUGUCAACGAGUAAGAAAAAGUCCUGCAAAAACAGUGGAACAUUGUUGGAAAAAUUCUUGUUUUCAUAAUGUUUAAUAAAAAGUUCUGUCCCCCCCAAAAAAGCAACGGAAAUGUGCUCGCGUUUUUAUUUUGAAAACCCAAAUAAAAGCCUCUGGUGAAAAUGUUA